AAGCAUGUGAAGCAGUUGACGUGAGAGGAGAAGGAGUAUCGAACAGCUGCAUGGAUCUGAGACACCAGGAGGAGGAUGCAAGGAGGGAGACACCUGCAGAUGCAGGAUGCUGCCAAACUUGUCGGCUGACAGCUCGUGUGGCAGUUGCUAUGGCAACAAUAAUCCUGGUCAUGGGACUUCUUUUGUGUUUGGUGCUAUUUGCCGCAUUGAGGGGAGCACCAGAAGUGGAUCAGACCUCUAAAUCUUCUGCAGAGGAGCUGAUGAUGGAGCAACUGCAGCAGUGCCAAAAAAAGCGCCAUGAUGUGGACCUGAUGCUCCACACCGUCACUCGAGACUCCAGGUGCAGGUUGUGUCCAGACGGUUGGCUGUGGUGGAGGAGUCACUGCUACUUCUUUUCAGUGGGGCUGCAGGACAAUCGAAAGUGGAACGGGAGUGCAGAGUUCUGCCUGCAGCACAACAGCAGCCUGGCUGUGAUCAAAGACUCUGCAGAGAUGGAGUUUAUCCAAGGUGUGAUGGGAAAGUUCCCUCGGUUCCCCUUCCUGUGGGUGGGACUGACAGACGCCGAGCAGGAGGGUCGGUGGCUGUGGACGGACGGGACGGACAUCCAGCACUACAUGCCGGUGACGGUGCAGUGGGACGCUGAUCACAGGGACUGUGCAGACCUGAGGGGAGGUGGGAGUCUUUUUGCCACCAGCUGUGAGUCAUACGGACCCUGGGCUUGUAAGAGAGACUCCUGACACACUUCAAC